AUGGUGCAGGCGGGCGGGGAGCGGAGCCAGAGGCGGCGAGGCCCGUGUGCGGGGGGCGGGGGCUCGUGCCGGGCCUGUCGCUGUCACGGUCCCUGUCACAACAACAGCCGCGGCUCGGCAGGCGGGACUUCCGGCUCGCCUGUUCCCCGGCAACCGCUUGAGCACCCGCGCUUCCGGCCGGGAAUCGCGGGGCGGGGCUGUAGCAUCUGGGCACGACAUCACCUGCCGGGUGCGAAGCCGCCCGCAGUCUCCUGGAGCACUCGAAGCCGCUCCACAGACUUCAUCGCCCCUGCAGGUUUCUGGCUGAAGCAGAGCGCGUACCUGGAGCAGCCCACUGUUCGUUUCCGAUACGAGGCUCUCUUCGUCGCCACUAUCGGUUCCGGACCGGGCAGCUUCUUGGCGUGGAGCACGUUCCCAGCGUUCAACAGGCUCCAGGAGGACCGGCUCCGAGUCCCGCUUCUGUCGACUAGAGAAGAAGACAAAAACCAAGACGGCAAAAUGGAUCAGCUGCAUUUUAAACUGGAACUUCCAUUACAACCAACAGAGCAUGUAGUUGGUGUUCAGCUGAUUCUACUCUUUUCCUACCAGCUUUAUAGAAUGUCAACAUUUGUGAUGCAGAGCAUGGCUUUUCUUCAGUUUUUUUCUCCUGUGCCAGGGUCUCAGCUCUAUGUGAAUGGAGACUUGAAAUUAAACCAGAGGCAAUUACUUAACCACUGUGGACUGGAUACCAGAUACAAUGUGUCUGUGGUCAAUGGCACAAGUCCUUUUGCAAGUGACUAUGAUCUAGCAAACAUCAUUGCAGCAUAUUGGGAUAGAAAUGUGACAACAGUCUUUUCAGAUCCCAGCCCUGUUUGGAUGACUGGAAGAGCAACAGAUACACCAUUUAUCAUUAAUGCCACCAUUCAUUAUCCAGUGGAAGUUAUCUUAUAUCAGCCAGGAUUCUGGGAAAUUAUUAAAUUUGCCUGGAUCCAGUAUGUCAGCAUCCUCCUUAUCUUUCUUUGGGUGUUCGGGAGGAUUAAGACAUUUUUGUUCCAGAAUCAGGUGUUGACUACAAUUCCAGUAUCACCAGUUCUGCCUGUAUCUCCAGUACUGUCCUACAAACAGCACCAGUCCUGAAGAGAUGCCUGAGAAGAAUUUAUAGAAAUGCCAUUCAAAAAUAGUUACCUGAUUUUCUUCUCUAUACACUUCUUACUUCAGAAGAUCAAAAUUUUGUAGGUAUGUUCCAAGUAUGUAUGUUCCAAGUAUGCUCUGUUUGUGCAUCCUUUUUAAAAUACAUGUUCAUUCAUCUAAUUUCUUUAGGAACACUGCCUUGGAGCUGGAAAAGUUUAUAUUUUUGACAGUAAAAAAGAGCCUAGUUAUUUUUUUGUAACUGGAACAUUCAUCAAAAACCACCUUGAAAACUGAAAAUAAUAUGCUAAAAGUAACAACAUUAACUGUUUUUACUUCUUGUAAAUCAAUGCACUGCAGUCUUAGAGUUGUCGAGAGUUAUGUAUACAUGCAUGUAUCUGCACCAUGAGGUGAAAAACUGCAUGGAUGAGUUAAGGUCAGAGAUGCACUUCUGUAACUGUGGCUAUACAUACCAAUUUAAUUAUUAAAUUGGAUGAUGAAUAAAUUCAAGGUUGAUGUGA